AUGCAGCUGGGCCAGACUCGCGAGACAAUGGACCUUUUGUACGAAAUAUCCAUGCUUCUCAACACUGGGCUGGAUAGAGAAACCCUUGCUCACUGUGUAGCACUAUGUGAAGGUGGUGUGAAUCCAGAUGCUCUUGCAGCGGUUAUCAAAGAACUCAAGCGGGAAAGCAGAAUCUUGCGGAGUGAGCAGACUCAACAACAGCAAUAA